AUGGCACCCGCCCUCCUUACCGCUGUAGACUCAGCAUCCCAUGUACAUUUAAUUAUCGGGUCGAACCCACUCGCCGCUGCGCGAUGCACACGCUCCCUCGAAGUUGGCGCCAAACCGAUACUACUCGCUCCCGAAGAUGCCACUCUGCACUACGGCCUGGCCAAGCGCAUUGAAGAUGGUGAAGUGCAAUGGUUAAAGCGCGGCUUCCACCAAGAAGAUCUUACAACCUUGGGGCGUGAAGAAGUGGACCGCGUAGUAGACGCUGUGUUCGUAACUGCGGGGGGCAAAGGAAACCUGAGUACACUCAUCUCCAAAUCAUGUCGACGCCUACGAAUACCAGUCAACGUCGCUGAUGCGCCGAACCUGUGUUCUUUCACGCUCCUGUCUACGUACUCCGACGGCCCGUUACAAAUCGGUGUGACAACCUCUGGCAAAGGUUGCAAGCUAUCGGCUCGAAUUCGUCGAGAAAUCGCGUCCUCCCUUCCAGCACAUCUUGGCGAUGCAGUGGAGCGAUUGGGUACAAUGCGGCGGCGCAUCUGGGAAGAAGAUCAUGCUGCAGAGAUGUCUCAGGAUUUAGAGGUCGAGGAAGAAGACGUUGGACAAUCAGCCACAUUCAAUAAGCUAGUGACUGCCGAAAGCGCCGAAAUCGCUCGCGGUCGGCGCAUGCGGUGGCUCUCUCAAAUUUGCGAAUACUGGCCGCUUCGUCGUCUUGCGACAAUCACCGAUGCUGACGUUGAGGCCGUGCUGCACGACUACAAGAGCUCGCAGUUGAAGCAGAGAGCUGGCGGCGACUCAUCGGUCGCAGUCGCUGGGCGGAUUGCGCUGGUGGGCUCUGGUCCUGGACAUCCAGAUCUGCUCACGCAGGCAGCGCACAAAGCAAUACUUUCAGCGGACCUAGUGCUAGCUGAUAAGCUGGUCCCGAGUGCUAUAUUGGAUUUAAUUCCUCGCCGCGCAACAGUGCAUAUUGCGAGAAAGUUCCCCGGCAAUGCUGAUAAGGCACAGGAGGAGCUGCUGGACUGGGGAUUGGAAGGACUCAAGGCCGGAAAAGUGGUAGUUAGGAUCAAGCAAGGCGAUCCAUACAUCUACGGCCGUGGCGGAGAAGAGUUCAUAUUCUUCAGAUCCCACGGAUACACUCCGACCGUCCUGCCUGGCAUCACAAGCGCGCUCAGCGCACCACUCUUCGCCGAUAUUCCGUUAACGCAUCGUGGCGUGGCCGAUCAAGUUCUGGUAUGCACGGGUACUGGCAGGAAAGGCGCUCCCCUUGUUCCGCCGCCAUAUGUCGAGACACGAACGGUGGUCCUACUUAUGUCUUUGCAUCGUCUCUCUGCUCUGGUGGAGUCUCUGCAACAGCACGAAUAUCCGAUGGACACGCCAUGUGCUGUAUUGGAGCGCGCUAGCUGCCCGGAUCAAAGGGUAAUAAGGACAACACUAGAACAUGUAUGCGCUGCGGUUGAAGAAGAAGGCAGUCGCCCGCCUGGACUGCUGGUCGUGGGACACGCCUGCAAUGUCUUGCAUCAGCAAAGCCAAAGGUGGAUCGUGGAGGAAGGAUUCAAGGGUCUGGAUAGCAUUGCCGACAGUUGCAUUCCGCUCGCAGAGCAAGUAAGCACUUAG